UGACGCUGUUUCUGACCCGAAGAGGAAGGAAGCUUGAACAACACUCUGUCCGCCAUUUGCUCUUCCAGCUUCUAUUAGUCUGUUUUUCUUCUUCUCAUUUCGUCUUUAAAUUAAACUAAAAGCCGUUUACCUGCAGAGUAACCUGAGCACGAGACAAGAGCACGUCACAGCGGCGGUUAUGGCGGCCGACCGGCGCGAGGACAAAGAUGGAGAAUUGAACGUUCUGGAAGAUAUUCUGACUGAGGCUCCAGAUCAGGAUGAUGAGCUGUACAACCCUGAGACCGAACGAGACGUCAGCGACAAGAAGGGAACAAAGAGAAAGAGUGAGCGCACUGACAGCCAUGAUCUGAAGAGGCUCCGCCCGUCAUCAGGCCAUGUCCCCUCCAGGUCGUCCUCCACUAAUAAGAGAGCCCCUGGCCCGCCACUCUCCUCCUCCUCCUCCAAGAUGACAACGUCCAGCCCCCGUGGCCGACACACCGCUGCUGGCGGCUACCGGAACGAAUACUACGAGGAGCGAAAGGGACGGCGCGGGGCCCGAGAGGCAACCAGAAGCCGUGGAGGAGAGGAUGCACGACGCCGAGACUCCCAGAGAGGCCUGAAGGGUCUGAGCCAGAAAUUGCGACGUGACGAGCGGCGAGCGAGCCCUUCCCCCCAUGAGGAGGACAACCAAUCAGAGGAUGAGGCAGCAGCAGAGUACGGCUCAGAGCAGGGAUCAGGAAGCGCUUCCCCCACGGCCUCACAUGUAGAGGAGGAGGAAGAGGAGGAUCAGGAGGAGGACGAGGAGGAGGAGGAGGAGGAAGAAGAAGAGGGAAUGGAGGAAGAGGAGGAGGAAGAAGAGGAGGAGGAAGGAGAGAAGGAGGAAGAGGAAGAAGAGGAGGAGUACGAGCGACGUGGUGGCGAGGGUAACGACUACGACACUCGUAGCGAGGCUGGCGACUCACGCUCCGCCUCCUCCGUCAGUUUCUCUGACGACGGCGAGUCGGCUCACUCAGGCUCCGCCUCAGAGGCUUCAGGUUCGGAGAAGAAGCAGGAGAAGUUGUCGUCGUCGGUCCGAGCUGUUCGCAAAGGGAUGGAGAAUCCGACCAGUAAGCUGCGCUACAUCCUGCGAGACGCUCGAUUCUUUCUCAUAAAGAGCAACAACCAUGAAAACGUCUCCCUGGCUAAAGCAAAGGGUGUGUGGUCAACGCUGCCUGUGAAUGAGAAGAAGCUGAAUGCAGCUUUCCGCUCGGCUCGGAGUGUCGUCCUCGUCUUCUCUGUGAGGGAGAGCGGGAAAUUCCAAGGUUUUGCUCGUUUGGCGUCAGAGUCUCAUCAUGGUGGAUCUCCGAUCCACUGGGUUCUUCCUGCUGGCAUGAAUGCGAAAAUGCUGGGUGGAGUCUUUAAAAUCGACUGGCUCUGCAGGAGGGAGCUUCCUUUCACUAAAACAGCUCACCUGUCCAACCCUUGGAAUGAACACAAGCCCGUCAAGAUCGGACGCGACGGACAGGAGAUCCAACCAGACAUAGGAGCUCAGCUCUGUGCCCUGUUCCCGUUGGAUGAGAGUGUGGACGUCCACCAGGUAGCUCGCCGUGUUCGUCACAAACGUCGGACGCCGUCGGAGCCGCGGCCUCGAGGCCGACCACCACAGCGCGAACCGGGAAGGCGUCGACCUGAAGAGUACGACCUCCAUGGCAGGAAGCGGCCACGAGCCGACGGUCCACCUGACUUCAACCAGCGAGCAGGGUUCAUCCAGGACCUUCGUAACCAGCCGGUGGACAGACGUUUCUCCAGCGUGAGACGAGAUGUUUUUCUCAAUGGGUCCUAUAACGACUACAUGAGGGAUUACCACCACAGUGUCGGCCCUCCUGCUCCCUGGCAGACUCUGGCGGCGUACCCCGGUGUGGAGCAGCCGCCCCCACAUCACCCCCCCUACUACCACCACAGCCACCCCCCUCCGCCCCCUCACCAGGCUUACCACCACCACCACCACCCCCCCCUGCCGCCACAUGAGGCUCCACCUCCCCGCUUCAGAGACAAGCAGAGAGCGCCGCAACACCGCGCCUUUGCCUCCAGCCCGCAUGACUACGACAUGCGUGUGGACGACUUCCUGCGGCGGACACAGGCGGUGGUGAGCAGCCGGCGGGAGCGGGAGCGGCAGCGUGAGCGGGAGCGUGGCGGACCCCGCCGUGAGAGGGAGAGAGAGAGAGCCAGGGACAGAGACAGAGAGAGAGAGAGGGACAAAGAGAGGGGGCGGUACCGUAGGUGAUUUGACAACGUCACAUCCUGUCAGCCUGCGGGGGGGGGGGGGUUAUUUUGAUAGCAGCGGUUUUGGCUGGUUUCCGGUUUUUCUUGAGAAUUAUGAAUACAAAAAUGAGUUACGUGAUGACAUCAUCAGUUUUUAUGUGAAUAAAUUAAAAAAAAAAAAUCUGUAAAAAUAAAAAUCUGGUGAUUUUGGUCCAAAUCUUAUUUUGGCGAUCCCGUGACACCAUCACAACACAGGCACAUGCUUGUCACACGGCUCUGUCAUACAUGUUUCUGCUGCAAAAGUUCAAACACAUGAAAAGAAAAAAAAAUUAACUCCUUUAAUUCAACUAAAUUAAAAACCAUCUGUGUUUGAUGUUUUUCAGUAUUUUAGUCCAGAUGGUUCAACAUGAGGUUCGAGGCCCCCUGAGGGGUCGUCACAUAAAUCUGAGACAUCACACGAUGAAAAAACUCUUGUUUUGUUUUUUGUUUUUUAAAUCUUGUCCAAUCAUUGCUUGCUUUACUGUGAAAGGUUGGAUAGCAUUUCCUGUAAAUUCUUCAAAUUAAAUCUCCAUUUAAAAGCAGAGAAGUUUAGUUUAAACUCAUUGUUCUUUUUUAGUUUUUAGUUCAUUUUUGUUUUGUUUUUUAUUUCUUUUUGAUUUUAAAUGUUAAAUAUAAAGUCAUUGUGCUUCCGUUCAUUUAUUUAUUUUGUUUUCAGGCGUAUUAAUAGCAAUUGUACCAUUAAAAAUAAAAACAAAGAGGAAUCGCAUUUUCGUUUUUUAAUUUUGUUACACAACUUAGUUUCCAUUUUCAGGUUGUGAUCGCCUCAGCUUUGUUUUUUUUCGCAAAUUUAAAGAAAAUCUGCUUCUGUUUUGUUUUUUAAAAUAAAAUUCCACAUUUCUUAUGUUUCCUUCUCUCUGAUUGGUUGCUACAGCGAUGACCAAACCUUCCCUGAAGUUUUCCGGUGCAGUCUGACCAAAGUCUGCCCCGUUUCAUAUCGACAGGAACGCGAAGGGAAUUUUGGUCGGACUGCGCCGUUAUUGUGUAUUGAUCAGCGGCAGGUUCAACUGAUCUGUCUUCAGUCUCAGUGCUAACAGGACAUUUGAAGCUUAAAACUUUGUUUCCUUUUUGUGGAUGGAGGAGGCGGAGCCUGUGCUUGUUUUUGUACAAAAUAAAAGCCUGAAAUCUGAAA